AUGAAAUUGAAUUACGAUAUGUCUGAUGAUGAUGAAAAUCUACCCGAUUUGAAUCUAUCCGACUUAGAUGAUGCAUCUCCUGUAGGAGAAGAGAGAACAAAUACAUUCUAACAGAAUAGCCAGCCUGAUAACUGGAUUUUGAAGAAGCAAAAUAAAAGUGAUUAAAAUGAUUUGCUGUCCUAAAAUUACUAGAUACCUAAAGAUUCAUUAGAAGAUGACGAUUUUGAUCAGUAGUAUAGAAUAGAAGAUCUAAUUCACAGAGAUUAGGCUAAUUAAUAGAACAUUCAAAAUAAAAGAUUUGUUCCACCAUCAAUUGAAAACUAUCAUAGCAACAUAAAUCUAAAAGGGCCUAAAAUCUAUAAAGGUGAAGGCAAAUUUAAUAAAGACAGCAAGCCAGCAAUGACUCCCUCACUUUAAAUAGAUUAAGGACAUUCUGUUUACUUUCCAUUUACUCCAUAUCAAUGCUAAAAAGAUUUCAUGGGUAAAGUUAUCAAGGCCUUAAAUCAAAAUGAAAAUGCAUUACUUGAAAGUCCUACUGGAACUGGUAAAACUUUAUCACUCUUAUGCGCCUCACUUGCCUGGCUAACAUAACAGAGGGAAAGAGCAAUGAUAGACAAAUCCAAUCCAGAUAUUCCUCGCAUUAUUUAUACUUCUAGGACUCACUCCUAAUUAGCUUAGGUGUAAAGAGAGCUGAGAAAUACAGCUUACAACCCCAAAUCUAUCAUUAUUGGUUCUAGAGAUCAUCUAUGUGUGCAUCCUGAGAUUAAACUUCUAAGAGGCAAUGCUUUGAAUGUGGCUUGUAAGAAAGCUUAAAAAUCAUUAGAUCCUUGUGCAUAUGGAAAGAACAGAGAAUAAGCUCUGAAGACUUUGAAAUGGGAGCCUUAUGACAUUGAAGAAUUGCAUAAUAUGGCUGUUAGCUAGAUUUUCUGUCCCUACUUUGCCAGUAGAGAUAGAGUUAAUGGCGCUGACAUCAUCUUCAUGCCCUAUAACUACCUGAUUGAUGAAAAGAUAAGAGAGAACUUUGAUGUAAACUACAAAGGAUCAGUGAUCAUUUUCGAUGAGGCUCAUAAUGCUAGCAGCACAGCAGAAGAUGUAGCAAGUUUCGAAAUAGUUGAAAAAGUGCUAGAAUAGUCAAUAAUUGAACUUUAAAAGCUGGAGGAUGAGAAGAGAAUAUAGGAAGACACUAUCAACUUUAAGUCAAAUGAUGAGGAAAUAGCUAACUUACUUUAAAUGACAAAGCAGUUUCAAAGAUAUCUCGAUAAUUUCGACAUGGAUCAAAGCAAAGUCAAAAAUUUCAGAAUUGAUUAGUCAUAUCUUAAGGAGGGAUCAGUCGUUAUGCCAGGCAGAGAAAUCUUUGAAAUAUUCACAAAAGGAACUUCAAUCGACUAUUUGGAUAGAGUUAAUCAGGAGUAGAAGUCUUCAAAUAUUUUUGCAGGUUGGGAUAAAUUCCAAACAGCAUUUGACAAUGUUCUAAAUGAUAUAGCAACUCUUCAAUAAUAUCAAGUUAGAAACUCACUCGAGGUUUGGUAUGAUAUUCUGAAGAAAUUGAUUCGUUUGAGAUUUAAAAAGAAGCCUGUCGGAAAAUCAACAGACAUGCACCUAAUUUAAGAAAAGCCAGUUGAAAGCGUCAAUUAAGAUAUAGACGAUUUUUACGUCUACAUAUUUGAUGAAGAAGAGGAGGGGAGUAACUAACUGUAAUUCAAUGCUAAAAAGAAGAAAAAUAGUGGGAUAUUCGUUUAGAAGAAUUAUCAAAGGAAAUUAGCUUUUUGGUGCUUUAAUGCUGGUAUCGGAUUCAGAGAGAUACAAGAAUUAAUGCCCAGAUCAAUCAUUUUGACCUCAGGUACUCUAUCUCCUUUGAACUCCUUUUAAGCUGAAUUGUAACUGCAAUUCAAUUAAAGGCUUGAAAAUCCACAUGUCAUUAGCCCAGAAUAGGUUUCAAUAAACAUUUUGUCUAGAGGAGUUAGAGAUAGCUAGUUUAAUUUUUCAUUUUCAAACAGAGAUAAUGAGCUUUCAUUGAUUGACCUGGGUUUGACAAUAGCUAAUGUUGCUUCAGUUACUCCUGGAGGAAUGCUCGUAUUUUUUCCAUCUUAUCGAGUACUAUAAAGAUGCGAAGAAAUUUGGAAUAACAAUAAUGUAAAAUCUGCAAUAGAAAAGUAGAAAAAGCUAUAUAUUGAACCCAAAGAUUCUUCAAAGUACUAGUCAACGAUGGAUGCCUUUUAUAAAGCAAUAUUUAACAAAAAAUAGAACGAAAAAACUAAUGGUGCUAUUUUAAUGGGCGUCUGUAGAGGCAGAAUAUCUGAAGGUCUUGAUUUUUCUGAUAAUGCAGCAAGGUGUGUUAUGGUUGUUGGUAUUCCUUAUCCUUAAAUGACUGAUGCAAGAGUAGUGUUGAAGAAAGAUUAUUUAGAUAAGAGAAUAAGUUAAAAUAGGAUGACUGGAUCAAACCCUGAAUUUCAAAGCUUAUCUGGGAAAGAUUGGUACUCAUAAUAAGCUACAAGGGCUGUUAAUCAAGCUAUUGGAAGAGUCAUUCGUCAUGUUCAAGAUUAUGGAUCCAUUAUCUUGGUUGAUGAAAGAUAUAACUGGGGAAACAUGAGAGCAGCUAUAUCUAAAUGGUUGAGGGAUAGAUUAAGACCUCAUAACAAAUUCAUCGAAUUAUAAGGGACAUUAAAGUCAUUUUUUGAAGAAAUGGGAAAAAGAAAGUUUAAAGCUAAGGUUGAAUAAUUAGCCUAAAUAUAAUUGGAAAUCGAUGUGGAUUAAAGUAAGCUAUAUUAGUAUUUAAACUUAUUAAUAGAUUAGAAAAAGUAGAGUGCUUCAUCAUCACAAGAUGAAGAGUCAAAAAAUGGAGUUCUAGGAUUUAUGAAUCAAAUUGGAUAGAAUAAGCCUAGUAAAAAUACAGCUGAGACUAACAAUAGAGCUACAGCAAUAUCCAAAUUAUUUGAAAAGUCCAAGAAUGCUACGAACAAGAAUUAAAAGAGAACUUUAGCUGAUAUUAAUGAGUCGUCAGAUGAACCUUAAAAAAUAAAGAUGAGGUUUACAAAGGAUGAAGUGAAAUAAACAGAUAAAUAAAAUACAGUUAUGAUAGAGCAACAGCCAAUCAUAAAGAAGAACCCAUUUGGAUUUAUAGAUGAUGACAAUGAUGAUUUAUUAGAUAUAUUAGAGAAAACUAAUCUUAGAAAGUAAAACACAGUACCUGCCUAGCAUUUAGAAUAAUAAAAUUUUGGGUUAGGAUUAGGAUUGUAAAUGAGAGAAUCUAAAAAGAGAGGUAAUGACUAAGCUAAUAGUCAUCAUUCUCUGGUGACUUAAAUUGAUUCUUAUUCCUAUAAAGCAACUAAGAAGAUAAAUUCAACAACAGUCUCAAGAUUAGAGGAAAAGCAAAUUGUGUAAGCCUAGAACUAAUCUAAUCAAUCAAUAAUGAAUAGUUCCUUCUUAAAUGAUUCUAAGAUGAGCAAUAGUGAACCUGCUAGGCCUAAAAAUACUGGUAUUUAUUCAAGCAGCAGUAGUGCUACAAAAGAUGAUUCAGUUAAGAAUAAAUUCAACUUCCUUAUAUCAGGCUUUAAAAAAUUCUUGACUGAUUAGCAGCUAUAACAGGUCAUCAAGGUAAUUCCAAAACUUAAAAAUGCUUAAGAGAUGCCGAAUGUGUUUACCCAGAUUAAAGAUAGUUUAUUCAAUGGAAAGAGAGAUUUGAAAGUUGAUAAAAGUUAUUAAGAUAAAAUGGUAUUGCUUGAGAGUCUAGGGAGUUUCUUAAGUUCCGACAAAUAAGAAUAAUUUAAGGGAUUAAUGGCUGGCAUUGCAUGA